AUGCUCUCACUUUUUCUUUUCGCAUUCAUUUCUAUUUCGGGAGCUUCUUCGGCUCAUAAGAAAAAUGAUUUCCUUGAAUGCCUCACCCUCCAGUUUCAAAGUUUCAACUCAGAUUUUGAUUCAAUUUACACACCAAAAAAUGCAUCAUAUUCAUCUAUUCUCCAAUCUUCAAUAAGAAAUCUAAGGCCGGCAUCAAACUCCACCCAGAGACCUAUCGUAAUUGUUACACCAGAGCAUGAAUCCCAAAUUCAGGCAGCAAUUUAUUGCUCGGAGAAACAUGGGAUUCAGCUAAAAGUCCGAAGUGGUGGACAUGAUUUUGAAGGACUUUCAUUCAUUUCUGAAACUCCUUUUGUCUUGGUGGAUAUGAGAAACCUAAGAUCAAUAUCCAUUGACACUGAUAAAAAAACUGCAUGGGUUCAAACAGGUGCAGCACUCGGUGAACUUUAUUAUACAAUUGCUAACAAAAGCAGGACUCUAGCUUUCCCGGCUGGCGUUUGCCCUACGGUGGGUAUUGGAGGGCAAUUCAGCGGCGGAGGAUAUGGCAUGAUGUCACGUAAACACGGCCUUGCAAUAGAUAACAUUAUCGACGCCAAACUGAUUGAUGCUAAGGGCCGAAUUCUUGACCGAGAAUCCAUGGGAGAAGAUCUCUUUUGGGCCAUUAGAGGAGGGAGAGGUGCUAGCUUUGGGAUUGUGGUUGCAUUUAAGUUGAAAUUAGUCCUGGUUCCUGAAAUUGGGACUGUUUUCAAUGUCACAAGAACGUUAGAGCAAAACGCAACCCAUCUAGUGCAUCAGUGGCAAUAUAUUGCUGAUAAGGUGGAGGAUGAUCUUAUGUUAAGGCUCUUCUUUACGAGCUUUAACUCUUCAAUAACUGGAAAGAGGACAGUCGGAGCAAAUUUUAGAUCUCUGUAUCUAGGCUCAGUUGAUGAUCUCUUCCAAAAAAUGCAAGAGAUAUUUCCAGAAUUGCGUGUGGUGAAAGAAGAUUGCAUCGAAAUGAGUUGGAUAGAAUCGACAUUGCAUUUCUACAACCUGCUGAGAGAAUCACUUGAUAUUUUGAUAGACGAAUCAGUAUUUUCAAGUGCGUAUACCAAAGGGAAAUCCAAUUAUGUGAGGCAACCAAUUUCAAGACAUGGUCUGAAACGCAUAUGGGAGUUUCUUAUUGAAGAAGGCGAAGGUAGUGCUGAAUUGCAGUUCAGUCCAUAUGGAGGGAGAAUUGGUGAGAGUUAA